AGCACGACGCCUCUCGCGAACGCCUGACGUCAUCUUACAAGCGCGAGAUUUAAAAAAAAAAUUAUAAAUUCAUAAAACAUUCUAGAACUUCAUUGCGGCAGGAUGGCGGUCAAACUUACACUGUCAUUGCUGGCUCUCCUAGCGGUCGCAAAUUGUGCGAGUUUCUUAGAUUACCUUGACUGGGAUGGUGGAAAAAAGCUGAUAGAAGUGCCAGAACAAAGGAAUUCUCAGCCGAACAGAAACUGCAUGUGCAAAGGCCCCGCUUGCAUUUGCUGUGUUGAUUUUAACAUUACUAUCGUCGAUCUUGGUGGUCCAGGUUGUGUACAUAUGAAAUACUUAUCUCCUGAGGACGGAUUCUCAGUUAAGGUCUCGUAUGGAAAAAGUCUCAUACACAAUUCAAAGAUCCAAGGAGCAAAUCCACCACCAAUAUGUCUGCAAGUCUUCGGAAAGUUUGCACAAGUUUGUGCGAAGUUCAAUGACCUCGCUCCCACCGCGGAUGGUCUAAGGGGUUGCCUUGAACUGGGACCGAAGUUGUUUGGAGAAACACAGCUGGAGUUUCCUAUCGGAUGCUUCAAGUCAACAGCCGGCGGUAUGGAAAUGGAAGACCCACCAGCCGAGCCAGAAGAGACUACAACAGAAGCAGAAGAGACUACAUCAGAAGAUUCAAGCGACUCUACAGAUUUCGACGCAGAGUCAUUCCUAUUAGGUGUUUACCAAACUGCAGAGCAGGGCAUGGCAUUCUUAAGCAGUCUACUCGACAUACCGCGUCAGAAUGCUACCAAGGUAGUCACUACUACCGCAAAACCUGAACCACAACGGAGAGGCCCGAAGAAUCUAAAACAUCCUAAUUUACUGUGAUAGCUUGCCCUGUAUUCUAUAUUAGCUUUUAAGUACAAAAUAGCAUUUUUUAGAUAUAAUUGCUUAUAUCGCAACAGCUUUUGUUUUCUUCAUGCGGUUGAAGAAAGAGAGAGAAGGAAUAAACAAAAUAAUCCUAUUAAUUGCUUUAAUAAUGUUAUUAUAGUUUUUAAUUUUGUUAUUAAAAUAUAUGAAUUAG